UUUUAGGAGUUGCACACACAUACACAUUACCUAGAAGAAGGUUGAGAAAGAAACAAAGAAAGAGAGAAGAACAACUAGAGUCCGAACCAAGUCUCAUAGCUGAGUUCAGGAUCGGAAUUCUCCCACCCUUCAUCAUCAUCAUCAUCUCUCGAUCCUCGUUCAGCUACGAAACAUUAUCCUCAUAUUGGCACAAUCUUGGUCUGCUUCUAUGAGACAGAUCUUGUGUUUUCUGCGGCUGCAUAAUGGUAUUGAAGGCUUUCUGUGAUAGGAUUGUUGCUGCAAAAUGUUCUUCUAAAAGCUCAACUGAAACUGUAGAUAACUCUCAGGUGCCUGCUUGUUCGAAAGCAGGGUCUAGUGAUAGUAAGUUUCCCAAGGCUUCCUUAUGGUCAAGCUUCUUUACAUCUGGUUUUUCAGUCAUUGAAACAUAUAGUAAAUCACCAGCUUCUGAAAAGAAAGCAGUUCAUUCUCAAAAUAGUGGUUGGGCUGCUGCUGUGAGGAAAGUUGUUACUGCUGGCUCAAUGAGGAGAUUCCAAGAGCGUGUACUUGGGUCAAGCAGAACUGACGUUUCAAGCUCUGAUGGUGAUAUAUGGCUUUUAGGUGUCUGCCAUAAAUUUUCGCAGCAGGAAUCAACUGGAGAUGUAGAUAAUAGUAUUGUAUUUGCAGCAUUUGAGCAAGAUUUUUCCUCAAAAAUCCUAUUAACGUAUCGGAAAGGUUUUGAUGCUAUUGGAGAUUCAAAGUAUACUAGCGAUGUCAAUUGGGGUUGUAUGCUUCGAAGCAGUCAGAUGCUUGUUGCUCAGGCAUUACUUUUUCAUAAAUUAGGUAGAAUGUGGAGGAAAACUACUGACAAGCCACUUGACAAAGAAUAUCUUGACAUCUUGCAACAUUUUGGUGAUUCGGAGGCUUCGUCUUUUUCUAUCCACAAUCUUCUUCAAGCUGGGAAAGGUUAUGGCCUUGCUGUUGGGUCAUGGGUGGGACCAUAUGCCAUGUGUCGCUCAUGGGAAGUUCUAGCUCGUAACCAGAGGGAGACAAAUGACCAUGGAGAACAGCCACUUCCAAUGGCUCUUUAUGUUGUUUCUGGAGAUGAAGAUGGGGAGCGUGGUGGAGCACCAGUUGUCUGCAUUGAAGAUGCCUCCAGACGGUGUUCCGAGUUUUCAAGGGGUCUAGCUGCUUGGACACCUCUACUUUUACUGGUACCUUUGGUUCUUGGACUUGAUAAAGUCAAUCUAAGGUAUAUUCCUUUAUUGCAGUCAACUUUUAAAUUUCCCCAGAGCCUUGGCAUCUUGGGUGGCAAACCAGGUGCUUCAACAUACAUAAUUGGUGUUCAGAAUGAAAAGGCAUUCUACCUUGAUCCACAUGAUGUUCAGCCGGUUGUUCAUAUCAAUGGGGACGCCCAAGAUCCUAAUACUUCAUCAUACCAUUGCAACAUUGUCAGGCAAAUGCCCCUAGAUUCAAUUGACCCGUCCUUGGCCAUUGGAUUUUACUGCCGAGACAAAGAUGAUUUUGACGAUUUCUGUUCGCGUGCUUCCAAGCUUGCGGAAGAAUCAAACGGUGCACCAUUAUUCACUGUAGCACAGUCUAGGAGUUUCCCAUUUCAAGACGCUGGUUACGAUGUGUCAGGUGACAACACUGGAUUUCAAGAGGAUGAUUCCCAUGGAGUGGAUCUACUCAAUGAUGCAGGAACCAAUGAGGAUGAUUGGCAACUACUAUAAUUUCCAAGCUAUAGACAUGGAUUUGAAGUACUUGGUUCUAAUGAGCCUAAUUGCUAUUUGAUGCUUGACUUGGGUCUUCCAUUCUUCCAACAUUGUUAAAUAGGGCUUGUAGAAAGUAAUUUGAACACUCAUCAUGAUUCUUUGGCUUAAAUCAUUUGCUCAUUUGUUCAUAUAUAUAGCUAACCAGUUAUUUGUUGUACAUUCAUACUAGUUGGUUCAUAUUUGUUGCCUGUACCCUUUUGUUGGCUACAGACUUGUAGUUGAUAAUACUUUCGAAGUGUCAAAUAAGUGGUGGAAAAUAAUUCAUAUUGA